CAAGCAGAGGCUCCCCACCCCUUGAGUCUCUCAGGGUAAAAGCUGAUAGUAUCAAGGCUCCCUAGGAGUGAGUGCUUUCUCAACCCCGUCUUGGAAGGUGGGUUAUUUUUCUGGCAGAAGGGAGAGGAAUUUGUUCUGAGUAGGGGCGGUUAUGCAAAAUGCAAGGAGGAGGAAGAAGCUAGGAGGGGAGUUGGUGAGUCAGAGGAGAAAAGCUGUACAACUUGGCCAGCAGAGAGCCUCUUUAAAGCAGAGAGGAAGCCUCAGUCGCUAACAAGGUCUUCCACUUCAGCACAAUGAUGCUGCCCAAAAAAACGAGGCCGCUGCUGCUCCUGUUUUCCCAGAUGGCCAUCUUCGCUCUGUUCCUCCAUUUGUACAGCCACAACUUCAACUCCCUGUCUACAAAGGAGGAGCCCAAGCCUAUGCAUGUAUUGGUCCUGUCUUCAUGGCGCUCUGGCUCUUCUUUUGUGGGCCAGCUUUUUGGGCAGCACCCAGAUGUCUUCUACCUGAUGGAACCCGCCUGGCAUGUCUGGAUGACCUUCACAAGAAGCACCCCCUGGCGGCUGCAUAUGGCGGUGCGGGAUCUGAUCCGUGCCGUUUUUCUCUGUGACAUGAGUGUCUUUGAUGCCUAUAUGAAUCCUGGUCCCCGACGUCAGUCCAGCCUCUUCCAGUGGGAUGGCAGCCGGGCGCUGUGUUCCCCACCUGCCUGCAACAUGUUCCCUCGCGAUAAGAUCAUACCUCAGGCUCACUGCAAGAUUCUGUGCAGUCAACAGCCCUUUGAAGUGAUAGAGAAGGCCUGCCACUCCUACAGUCACGUGGUGCUCAAGGAAGUGCGCUUCUUCAACCUGCAGGUGCUCUACCCACUGCUGAGAGACCCUUCCCUCAACCUGCACAUCAUACACCUGGUCCGGGACCCCCGGGCUGUGCUCCGUUCCCGGGAGCGCACCACAGGGGAGCUUAUGAUUGAUAGCCGCAUUGUGAUGGGGCAGCGCUGGCAGAAACUCAAAGAGGAGGACCAACCCUACUAUGUGAUGCAGGUCAUCUGCCAAAGCCAGCUGGAGAUCUACGAGGCUGUGAAGUCCUUGCCCAAAGCCCUGAAGCAGCGCUACCUUCUCAUGCGCUAUGAGGACCUCGUCCGGGACCCCCUGGCCCAGACAGCCCAAAUGUAUGAAUACACAGGGUUGAAAUUCUUGCCCCAGCUCCAGGCCUGGGUGCUCAACAUCACUCAAGGCGAAGGCAUGGGUCGGCACGCCUUCCACACAAAUGCCAGGAAUGCCCUCAACGUCUCCCAGGCCUGGCGCUGGUCCUUGCCUUAUGAAAAGGUCUCUCGACUUCAGAAAGUCUGCAGACAUACCAUGACUUUGCUGGGCUACCAUCUUGUCAGAUCUGAGCAAGAGCAGAGAAACCUGUCCCUGGACCUCCUGUCUACCUGGACCCCCUCCACACAAAUUGAGAGUUGAGGAGGCUUUGUCCCCACUUGGCACCGGCCUCGGCCAAGUUAACUGAAGGCAUAUGGUCAUAAUGAUGUCUCUGUUGGCGUACACAUAAGCAUAAGUUGUGCCCACACGUGCUCAAGCCAAAACAUCUUUGUGUCUCUACUCAUGUCUAGAAAAGAGACUCAGAAACUUUGUGAGAGUGACACAUUCUGCUACUGAAAGAGGAGCACGGCCUUUCCUCUCGUCUUGGCCUUCCUAAGUGUGUAUACCUUGGAGACUUUGUGGCCUGGGGUCCUAUCUGGCACCAUGCAGUGUCGGUGGAGUAAAUCCAUAAACUUCUCUGUCUAUAUCUUGUUCAGUGGGAAAGGGGAGAGAUGGGAAGAAGCAGGGAAAGGGGUCUUCCACUGAAGACCCCACCAGCACAUUCCCCAGGGAUGUGCGUUCUGAGCCCUUGGAGCUGCCAGUAGAGUCAUAGAGGGAACAGGGAGCAGAGCUGGAUGCUUAUCUGUGAGCUUGGCCUCUCAGUUAACACAAAUAUGAGACAAAAUCUCUGCCCAAAGAGCAAGCUCUUUAAGUUCCUGGGGUGGCUGGGCCCGAUUUGGGUGUCGUUUCCUCUCAGUGUUUUCCUCUCACAAAGAAGAUUUUGACCUGUGAAGCAGCCAUCCAUUAAUACUAAAAUUCCAAAAUAAGAUUCUGUUUGGAGUGUCUUCUUUUAUGCUUUCUAAUUAUUUAGUAGUAAAUGCUCAUUCUUGUGGGGUCCUAAAAGUAUAAUCAGCUUUAUAGAUUUUUAAAGUAUUUUUUGCUAUUACCUGUCACCCACACAUAGAAAAAUUGGUGAGACAAUGUUUGGUGUUAGAUGAUGAGAAACUGAUCAAUACUGAGUAAUACAGCACCCUCGUAAGAAUUUGUAGAGGACAGACAACCAGCGACUGAGCCCUUUCCUGUGCGAGGUGUUAAGUUGUAAAAAUACCAUAUGCAUCAUCACUCCAGGGUCUGGGUGAGAGUUCUUUUCAUCUGACUCCUUAGCCAGAGGCCCUCAGUUCUAGAAUGAUUGGUGCUGUUUAGCUCUUCCCAGGUCCUUUCCCAACAAGAAAAAUGGUUUCUCCCAAUCUUUGCAGCAUUACCCAGAUCUAGAUGUACAUCAGAAUCGACUCUUAAACAUUCAUUUUGCUAUGCCCUACCUCAGAUCUGCUGGAACCGGAAUCUCCCUGGGUGGGGGCUGGGAUUCUGUGUGUUUACCGAGCCAUCCUGGUGACCCCCCCCCCACCCCGGCCAGCUGGAAAAUGGUACAGCCGCCCUGCGCAGCAGCACUGUUCACUUCUCGCUCCAAGUCACUCUUGAGCGCAUGCCACUGUCUGUGCCCCUUACUCCUGACGCUGGUGCUGCCCUCAGGUUGGAGGCAACAGGUUGAAAGUCUCUUUAGGGAACUCAAUGGACCUCUGAGUCCUGACUUUUUAAAUACUUCACUUUGUCCAAACCUGAGACACUCCCACUUUUCACAUCCUCACUUCAAAUCUCCCUCACUGUCAGAGGUGAAUUGUUCCACUCCACCGCCAGCGAGCUCCUGGGCUGGGCCAGCACAAGAGAUGCUUGAGCAGCUAGCCAGCUGACUCAGGCAAAGUUAAUCUAUAUGUGGCUUUAAAGGAGUGAAUUUAUUUUAACAUCCAAACCCAAGCCACUCUAGACAUUCCUCAAGAGCCUAGGAUCUCCCAGGCAAAUGCUUCUAGCCUCCACAAGCCUUCCGAAACUAUGAAAGAGUAACAUUUCCCCAACAGUGCAAACAAGGCCAGGGCAGUAAGUGAUGGUGCAAAUACAGUGAAGAAGGCCAGUGAGGGGGCAGAGAGUGACUCAACCAUCUCUGACUUCCCCUCAGAAAUUUCAGCCCCGACCUAAAUGUCUUAGCCUUAGCCAACUUCCUCAGCACCCACCUCCGUGGGAUGCUGGAGUAUGGAGCUGCUUGCUUUUCCCUCUCCAGAAUUAUUGCCCCCCCCAAGUAAGGAAAGAGACGAGCCACAUGGAGAUCUCAGGAUCUUAUUCCUGAC